GCUUUAUCACCAAAAUGGAUGCGCCCAGUGAAUACUAAUUUAAAUCAAGCAAAUGUUUUCCUGUAUCUGAGGAUUGAGAUAAAUCAUAAAUUAACAGUUGACAGAAAAAUAGACAGAAUGAAAAAAUCAACAGUGAAACCAAGAGAGUACAAGUAUACCGAGGUGAAGGCCGUUCAGCCCAAUUCCACAGUAGAUGUAUAUGGUGUUGUCAAAUUUCUAAAGCAACCUUUCAAAACAAGAGGGAGAGACUAUUGUAUGGUAGUGAGUUUGGUGGACCAGACCUGUGGAGAAAAUGAUAAGCUAAAAUGUUUGUUAUUCAAUAAUGAACCUGCCAAAUUACCAGAAUUGAAUAUAGGCGAUAUUGUUAGAUUUCAUAGACUAAAGAUUUCUAUGUUUAACAAUGAGGUGCAGGGACAGAGUGGUCCUGGAUUUUCUUGGCUUGUAUUUUCCAGCAAGAAAGAUUCAUCUAUAGAUCCUGCUUCAUCUCUUUCAUCAAACUACACAUUCACUGAUUCAGACAAGCAAAAGAUAGAAGAUUUAAGGACCUGGAUUGUUGACAAAGAUGAAUUUGUAGUAAAAUGUAAGACUACCAAACUAGAAAACAUCAUUCCACAAAUGUAUUUUGACUUUGUGUGUCAGGUUGUUUCUACUUGCUACUUUGAAAAUGACCAUUGCUUGGUUUUGCGAGUCUGGGAUGGAACAGUAACAAUAUAUCAGCUAAGAAAGUUUGAAUUUGAUGAAGAACUGUUGCCUUCUUGUGACCAGGAAUUGUUGAAGAAGGCUGAUGGAUUUACAGUAGACAUAGCAUUAUAUGAUGAUCAUUGUGACAAGGCAAAGGAACAUAUCAAGCCAGGAGAUUUUAUAAAAUUGAUCAAUCUACAUGCUGCUGUGUAUAAAACUGCCAAUACAGUUUCCACAGACAUUCCAACAUUAGAACUUAUCUUACACAGAGGAAAUUCAUUUGGGAGAGGAUGUGUGCCUGCUGAUGACAAAAUAUUGGAAGAACACUUGCAAAGUAUAAGUAAUUUAACAAAGACUAAAACAAGUGAAAAAUCUAACAAAAUAGAAAAGACAGUUAAAAUUUCUGAUGAAAAUCCAAAAAGAGAAAUUGAUGACUCUCAAAAACCAUCAACAUCUAAAUAUAACAACCAAACCUCCCCAGUAGGACCGCAUAAGACUUCUGGAUUAAAAAGACCCAACCCUUUUGCCGAAUUACUCAAUAAUAGAGGUAGCAAUGAUAAUAUCGAUGCUGUCACUUCUACUUCUAUUGAUGAACAAAAGUCAUAUAAAGAAAAAGAUCAAAAGUCAAGUGGUGAAAAUAAUAUUGAAAAUCAUCAGAUGGACAUUGAUGUACAUGAUCAGAGAGAGAAUGUUAACUCAUCACAAGCUUAUUCGAGUAGUGGAUCACGUUGUAUGCAGCAGACAGUCACAGUCAUACUGGGUCAUCCCCUUGUCAAGGUUUCUAAGAUCAACGAUGUUCUCCAUGGUGAUGUUCCUUAUAAAUAUAGAAUUAUGGGACACAUUGAAGACUAUUUCCCUCAUUCUAAAACAGCUUCAGGAUUUCUUAAAUUACUUUGUAAAACUUGUAAUUAUCUUUGUCCCAUUCCUGAUAAAGGAAAAUCAGACUCUCUGUCAUUACAGAAAAAGCAUGGUGGGAUUAACCAUUAUUUCUGUCCUAAAUGUGAAGAAGGGAAAUCAGAGAAAAGUAGGAGAACAGACAGUAUUUUAGAAUACAUUUACAUGUUAAGAUUGAAAGUGACAGAUGAAACCGGCAGUUUGGUUAUUAUAUUAUGUACAAGUGAAGCCAUAACAUUUUUCCGCGAUGUUGAACCAAUAGACCUAUUGUCAAAGGAAAGUUUGUGGCAUGAGGUCAGGGAUGAGAUGGACCAGUUGUGUUCUUCAGAUAGACCAUUGUUUGAAUGUUGCAUCAAAUCUUACAAAGUUGGACAACAAACUAAAUACCAAAUAUUUGACACAUGUCUUGUUUGACAUUAUUUCAUUGAGAUUUAUACAUCAUUUACUCUCAGUUUUAAAUACUAUCAUCACAAUUAUGUUGUUUAUUUACAAUUUUGAUAAUAACAUUAGUUUUCUAUAUUGUGCAAAGAAUUUGUGGCUUUAAUAGCGAUAAUUUUCCCAAAAUAUGUGGAUACAAAUUUUCCUAAAUUUAGGAAGAGUUGUAUGGUUGUGAACACAAUGGUGAAUAAUCGAUUUAGUGAUUUUAACAAAGUUUGAAUCCAUGCAUAUUAAAAAUAUAUGGACUUCAUUGAACUGUUAAAUUUGUUGUAUAUCCAAAAAAUCGACAAAAAAUUGGUAUCCCUAAAAUAACAAUGAAUCCACACUAUUUAAAGGUACAAUGUGUAGAUGAAAAAAUGUCUACUAGUCAGAUAAUCUUACGAUUUACAAAAAUAACAUUUACUUUAACCAUGUUAACUUAUAUAUACUUUUUUUUUUAUUUAUGUUGAAAUACAUGUUUAAAGGAAAACUUGACCUGUUAUGAUUUUGUUUUUAAAUAAAUGAUCUUGACAAUCAUGGAAAUGUCAAUAAAUGAUAUUUCUGUCAUAUUUGCCAGAAUAGGCCCACUCACUGGUAAAUAGGCUUAUAUGUGAUUUAAACAAAAUGCUUAUUUCAUUGUAUUUAUGUACAUUAUGUUUCAUUUUUGUUUAUCUCUCACCACAGUAAAGUGAAUUGAAAUAUUAUCUAAUUACAAACCCCAAGAUGGUUUAAAUAUAAUGCAAUGUGCAGUUAAACCUUGUCAAACUAUUAAACGUGGAAAACAGAAUCAGUUUUUUCUUUUUUUAGUUGAAAAAAAGUUUGUUCUUAGAAUUUUCAUCUGUGAU